CUCAGCAAGUUUAACUGCCUGAGCAUUGAGUGCGUAUAACCGCGACUGGUACUGCCUCGCGAUGAUUCUUCUGGGCAUCAUUUCCAAUGGCUUGACAUGUCUUGUUGUUGGCUCGGCAUCUAUUGUCCUGAAGGGAGUCAAGCCCCCAAUUGGCGCCCCUUGCGGAGAUAGGAUGCCGGUAGAUGACAGUUCAAGCCACAUUGUCAUCGUGAAGGGAGCGGAAAAAGAUGUAAAUGGGAUACGAAAGGCAGGUUCUGCCUUGGGUGAGUUCUUUGAUACACCUCUAUGUGCAACAUCGGAUCCAGAUAAUUCACCGGAAAAGGAGGGCGCCAAAGAGGAUGAAGAAACACCUGAGCUCAAAGAGUACAGGGGCUUGCUUGCGGCUUCCUGCUUGGCAUGCAAUCAUUGCUGCAAUUGCUUCUAAUCCCCAAAGGAAUGCUGCCCGGCUAGAUUAUGUUUCUCUCGUCGUUCGUAAUCUCCUGGAUCGGUUCACUGAUGAUAACCUGUACUUGUCAUCCCUUGACAAGGAAAAGAUCCAACAGAAGCUGCU